AAAUGAAGAGGCUCUCAAGGGAGGGGCGAGGGAAAGAAGACUGGGUAGGGUGGGGUGCGGCCCUCAGGGAGAGCAGCUGCGUCUUCACCAUGGAUGGCUCCUUCUGCUGCUGCCGCUUGCCCAGGAGACAGGUUCCUGUGAAGAAAUAGAGAUGAAGGAAAAGAGGGGUGCCAGUUUCUUGGGGUCCUGUGUCUGCCAACUGCUGCAAAACACCUCUGAGGAAUUCUGCUUCCAGUGAAAGGGAACCACCUGUCCCAGGAGCCUCAGGACCUGGGACGAGAACCCCCUGAGUGGAAUCUUGUCGAAAUGAAUUGGACCAACUCUAGGUUCCAGGACUCCAGAGGCAGCAACGCCUCCCUGGAUAACCUCACAGCAUUGCUCUGCUUGGAGAACAUCACCACCCUGAAGCCAGAGACUACACCUGAAGGACGUAGCAGCUUCAGCACAGCAGAAGUUGUUUCUGGCUCCAUUGGUGUCGUGGUCCUCAUCUUGCUCCUAGUGGGUCUCUUGUCCCUGGCCCUGAAGAAAUGGAGGCGUGAGAGACUUUUUAAGAAACAACUGAGGCAUCAGACCAACUUUCUCCACAAAUCCUUGGACCUUUCCUGCCACGCUGAUGCCAUAUAUUCCAACGUGAUCCACCUGGCCCCCUGCAAAGAGGAUGACUUCGCUGUCUAUGCCAACAUGCCCCCUUUUGAUCGCUCCAGGAGGACAUCGCCAGACCAAGUGGAAUAUGCCUCCAUUGUAUUCAGAUGAUGGGAAGCCAAUGAGAUGCUUCAGCGUGGAGAGUCAGAUCUGUGCCCCAGCUGGAUCCUGAUACAGCUUUUGCAUUAGGUGUGUGUGUGUGCG